AUGGUUCUUCCUCUCCUGCAGCCGCCCAGCGAGCUGCCCAGUUAUGUGAAGCCGUUUGUCCUCGAAUUGAAGGAGGCGGAGCUGAGGCACCUUCCGGGCCUUCCGCAGAGCGAGAAGCGGAAGAUGGGGGAGGGGAGCCUGAAGAGCUUCGACAAUUGCCUCCACAACCUGCGGCACUAUGGAGAAAUCGCGUUUGUGCUGGCAGGCAUCAAGCCGUGCGUGCUGAUGGCGCACGCGCUGUGGCCGGGAUUUGCAAAGGGCAUUGCGGAGGAGUGCCUGCGGCCGCUGAUGGACAAGUAUGGGCUGGAGGGCAAGGGCUUUGAGCUGCAUGAGAUCAGGCGAGCUUGGCCUGCGGCGUUGCACCCCAUGCUGACCAGCAACCCCGUGCACCCGGGCUUCCAGUGGGGCUGGGUGUUUGCCAACAGGCGCCACGCCGACUUCCCGCUGGUGCAGAGGGUCUUCCUGCAGCGCAGCCGCAGCCCGUGGCGGAGCUGCUCAUAG